AUGGUAUCGAGACGCACAAGAAAGGAGGCGAAAUCACGGUCGAUAAGUUCGACUACCCUUUCUGAAGUCUUGUUUCAAGAGGCAAAAAAGAAACGGGCUGCACGGAAUAAGGGAAUCCACAAGAAAUAUCGUCUAUCGCCCGCAUUAGCCAAAUUAAUAGGCAGUGACGAACCCGAAACACGUUACAAUGUGGUCAAGUUGAUCUGGAUCCAGAUCAAGGAGAGGAGACUUCAAGAUCUUGAAGAUCCUACCUACAUCGAUUGUGACGAGGAGUUCGAAAACGUAACCGGGAUGUUCAGCACCAUGUUGUCAAGGAGGCAUACGAGAAGGGAGGCAAAAUCAAGAACUAACAGUUCGACUACCCUGUCAGAAGUAUCGAUUUAUGAAACAAAAAAAAAACGUGUUGCUAGAAAUUCUGGGAUUCAUAAGAGGUAUAGACUAUCCCCCGAAUUAGCCAAAUUAAUUGGUAGUAAUGAACCCGAGACACGGUACAAUGUGGUCAAAUUAAUAUGGAUUCAAAUCAAGGAAAGAAAACUCCAGGAUCCGGAAGACCCUGCCUACAUCGACUGUGACGAAGAAUUUGAGAGCGUGACCGGGAUGGUGCGCCUCAAAGGCUUCACCAUCAUGAAGUAUUUGAAGUCACACUUUCUUGAAUAA